CAAUCAGUUCAAUCCGAAUUUCAUCAAAUCACCCCCUAAACGCGUUUCGAUAGUCGCGCCGUUCGACAUCGAGCGCUCGAUGGCUCGAUCUGUCAACCGACAGCGCAAUCGUCCGGGGACCGGGGAAGGGUUCUAGGUUAUGUACGUCCCAGGCAGGCCUGUGUCUUUUCCGGCUCACCGAUAAAAUCGUAUCCCGUGCGCGAGAAACGCGCGAGACGAUGUGAGGGCGAAUCGACGUCGUCGUCUCGACCCGCAAGAUGGAUCGCCGAUGCCGCGUCCGCGCCCGGUAACCGCCCGAACAUCCGUCUUCCGGCUACGGUGGAGAGGUUAGCUCUCCGUUCAGUUCGGCCAACCGAGCCGAAAAAAUGGCUGUGGAGUUUCUGAUGAAUCGGCUCAAGGCCCUGCUCGUGCUGCUCUUCGGGAUAUUUAAGCGCGCGAUGUGCUGCCUCCGACGUCGAAGACGAUCGUCCUGCGACUCCGUGCCCCUGUCCACCGUCGGCGUGGUGCCGAACGUUCUAACUAGCUCGACGGAAAUGGAGCAGUGGGACAGGUGGGAAGAAAAUCCAGUUGUCGUUAUACCGGACAAGCCGGUUAACACGGUACAAGCGAAGAUAGAGCAGUAUCGACAGCAAGUGAUCAAGCCUCCCGAUUCGCCCACUGAGGAACAGCUUAACUUCUUUGAGGAUAUGACUCCAAGAAUUACUAGGCAGACGAAGAUUUUAAUAAAGGAUAAGCACGCAGACGGCUCUUGCAACGUUGCGCAGUUCACGGCCAUGGAUCCUGUUCCGACCAAUGAAUUAGAAGAAUGGGAGGAAAAUACUGCUGGUUGGGAAGUGGACGAUUUUAGCGACGCUACCAAAGUGCUGCGAGAGCAAAGAAGGAGAGAACGGGAGCAGCGAUUAAUAGAACAACAGCAGAGAAGACUGGAGCGCACAAAACCACAGCCCUUAGGUGCAAAACUGUGUUCCUGAUGCGAGACCACGAAUAUGUGGGGAUUAAUAUCAAAACACACAAUAAUGUACAACUCACAGUGGGAUAUUCUACAUGCCAGAUAUUUUUAAUAUAGAAAUUGGCAUGUUCACAUUAACUCUCUAUUACUCGAUGUAACUUUUUCGGUACGACGUGACAGUUUUAUUACUUUCUCAAUUCUUCUUGAUGAUUGCUAGUCAAUCAUUGCAAGUUGAAAAAUAUGACGCGAAAAUUCCUUCUCUAAAUCUUGCAUAUUCAAAAAAUGCAGGUUUAUUGUUUUAUUGUAUAGCUUUAUAUAUUCAUUUUCCAAAAAGGCAGUAGAGGGUUAAUCGUGAAGAAAAAAUGCAAUACUUACUUCAGAGUGAUAAAGUUGCAUUUGUAUUAUGUUAAUGCAUUAUAUUUACUAUUAUCUUACGAGAUUUACUUGUUUUGUUAUACCGUCUUAUCGGAGCGUGUAACCUUAUGUUCGCGAACAUUUCUCCAGUAUUUAAAUAUCCGCACGGUUUCUCGUAAAUGUAAACGAAAGAAUAACGUGUAAACAGUGUCGAUAUGACUAUCUCUCCUAAAAAUAGUAGUAUUUGUAAACAUUCCAUCUGAAUUUUAUACAAAUCUCGAGUGUGAUACUUCUGAGCUUCCGUGCAAGCGGAAUAAUCUGUUUUGUAAGUUUAUAACAAGUCGAUAUAUGUAUAUUAAUCAACUGGGAAAUAAUUUGUCAUUUCACAAGUAUUUUUGUUAUUUUUACAAAUCUGUGUAAUUUCCGCGAGAUUUGUUGGAAAUUUUACUGAAAUUCCGGAAAACGAAAGAGACUACUCUUUGCUUUGUUGCAUUCUUUUCCUUUUGUUAUUCAUGCACGAUUGCUGAGAUAAAUGGAUCGUGGAUUUUAAAGUGUUUCGUAAUAAAAAAAAAAAAA